GCCCUGAUUCAUUGUGUUUGGAGUGCUGCACUUCUUGUUACAUAUGACAAUACAAUUUCUUCUUUCUAACAGCAUUUAGAUAGUGAAUAGUUGAUGUUGUAUGUUGGUAAAAAAAAAAACUCAAUGCAACACCAUUAAGAUUAGCUAGAUAUCAAUAAGGUUCUGUUUUGAACCAUUUAUUUUUGAACUCUUAUUGGGAAAUGGAAAAAAGUAUAUAGAAAUUGUUUAUCAGAUAUUUUAUAUUUGUUAUAUUUGAAUUUGAAACAAAAUUAGGAAAAAUAAGCAGUAAGGCCAAAGUUUAAAGUGAUUAGACUAUUAGGCUUUCAGUGGUAGGAUCUGGGGAAAGGGUGGCAGGAGCCAUGUCCGGCCACAAAAGUAGCAAGGAGAACCCCCUGAAACAGCUGAAGAAGCAUGCCAAGGAAAUGGAUGAGGAAGAUAAGGCUUUCAAGGAAAAACAAAAAGAGGAGAAAAAGAAAGUCAAGGAGCUAAAAGUGAAAGCCAUGGGAAGGACCCCCUUGGUCUCAGGUGAAAUUAAGAAAUCCGGCAAAAGUAAGCUAUUCUUUGUGACUGAAGUGAUGGUGACUCUUAUUCCAUUCCUGUUUAAACAUCUGGAUUCCCUGCUACAACAGCUGUUGCCACCUAUAGCUAGAACAAAGUGUUAUCUUAGUGCCUAA